CUUCGUCAUGUCUGCUGCGUCCCGCGGAUCGCGCGUGCACCACAUUCGCCGGACGCCGAGCCCCUUCUUCACGACGUCAUCUGGCAUCGUCGGCAUCAAUUUGCACGAGCCAACCGAGUUUGUUGCACCCAAGCUCGACGACAUGCCAGUAGCAACGGAAAACAACCAGUCGGAGGAAGCCAAGCUCGUCAAGUUCAUGUACCAGACAUCGUCGAGUGCGUUUGGCGACGGCGUCGAGCGCAGAGACAACCCCAUGAGCCAGCGCAUGGACAAACUGACCUUGAAGAAAGAAAUCGAGCAAAGCGGGCUUGUCAAAAUCAAAAAGGUCGACGUGAUCUCACCCAGCGCCGUCUUGGCCCAAGCCCGCGCCGAGUUGUUUCCGGAGGAGCUCAGUGCCAAUGCCAUGGACCUCCGACCGAUUGCGGCCGCGCGCAACGAGCACUGCAUGUACACGACGAGCAACCGCGUCAUUGGCGAAGAGAAAGGCGCGAUCCAAGUCAACAACGAGCGCAUCGUCAAGCCCGGGACGUUUACGACGUCGUUCAACGGCUUUCGGUACCGCGAUUACGGCCUGAACACCGCCGUGACCAAAUCAAAGAUUUGCGACCAACUGGACUAUUCCUAAAGAGGAAAUAUGUGUUUUUUUAUGCUUCA